GCGGCCAUGGCGGCUGAGGGUCCCGUGCAGGAGCUCUGGGAGGAAGCCUCUUGCUCCAUCUGCCUGGACUUCUUCAGGGACCCGGUGACCAUCGCCGAGUGCGGCCACAACUUCUGCCGGGCCUGCCUGACCCGCAGCUGGGGGGAGUCGGGGACCUCCGAGCCUUCCUGCCCCCAGUGCAGGAGAAGAGCUCAGAAGAGGAAACUCCGGCCGAACCAGCAGCUGGCCAACUUUGUGGAAAUCGCCAAGAGGUUCCGCCCUUUGGAAGGGGAGGGGGCAGAAGCGAAGGGGGGAGUCUGCGAGAAGCACCAGGAGCCCCUGAAGCUGUUCUGCAAGGACGACAAAGCCCUCAUCUGUUUGGUCUGUGACCGAUCCAGGGACCACAGAAAUCACGAAACCCUUCCUCUUGAGGAGGCCUCCCAAGAGUACAAGGAUCAGCUCUGCAGCUGUCUGGAGAUUCUGAAGAGAGAGAGAGAAACAAUUGUGGCAUCUAAAGAUGAUGUGGAGAAGGAAAGCAAAGACCUGCUCAAGCAAACCACAGGAGAGAAGCAAAAGACAUUAGCCAAGUUCAGGCAACUGCACACAUUUCUGGAGGAACAAGAGAAACUUCUGCUGGCCCAGAUGGAAGAGGUGGAGAAGGAGGUGGCAAAAAACAAGGACCAACUCCUGGCCAGACUCUCUGAGGAGCUCUCCUCUCUAGAAAGCCUCAUCCGGGAGAUGGAGGAGAAGAGUCAGCAGCCAGCCGGUGAUCUCCUGCAGGAUGUCCGAAGCACCUUGCAGAGGUACGAAGAAAAGGAGAGGUUUGAGAAUCCCGUGACUUUUCCUCUUGCGUUGAAGUGGAGGAUCUGGGACUUCUGUGACAUCAAUCUCUUGCUGGAGGGGGUCAUGAAGCAGCUGAAAGACAAUCUGGAUUCUGGACUUCACCUGCCGAAAGCAAAUGUGAUUCUGGAUUCGGACACGGCCCAUCCCGAACUCAUCCUCACUGAGGAUUGGAAAAGUGUGAGAAAAGGAGAAGAGGCUCAAGAUCUGUCCGACAAUCCUGAGAGAUUUGAUGAGAGCUAUAUUGUUCUGGGCCUUGAGGGAUUCACAGCAGGCCGCCACUUCUGGGAAGUCCUUGUGGGAAGUGAAGGGGAAUGGAGUGUGGGGGUGGCCAGAAAGUCCGUGGACAGGACAGGAGAGGUCUUCUUUGAGCCUGACGAAGGGUUCUGGGAAGUGGGGAGAUAUGAUGGCUGCUACAAUGCUUCAAUAGAGGAUGGUACCCUGACCCUGAGUGGAGAGCUCAAGAGGAUCCGGGUGUGUCUGAACUACCCUGGAGGGCGAGUGGCCUUUUUCGAUGGUGACCGAGCAGCCCUUCUCUACGAGUUCUCUGAAGCCUCCUUCUCUGGAGAGACCCUCCUGCCCUCCUUUUGGGUAAAUUUAAAAGGCCACCUCCAACUUUGUUAA